UCCAAACCUUGGGUUAUAUCCUCACAACAGCCAAGGACUACACAAAGCGAUAGAAGAGAGAAAGCAAAAAAGACUAAUUAAACACAAUUCCAAAAUGGCUACCUCUUCCAUCUCCACGUUCUCCAUUGCAGUAAUCGUCCUCUCCAUCUUCCACUUCAACUCCGCAAGAGAGCUGCUGGACCUUCCUUCACUUGGGAGCAAUACGCCGGCGGGUUUCUUUCCACCAUCGGCGGCGGGUGGCGGUAGUACUCCAGUCAAUAACGUCAACUUCACUAGCCAGAACAAGGGCCCGGCUUACGGCCAAGUGGUGGAAGUCAACGGCAAGCCGGAGUCCGAAGUCGGCACGGUUAACGGCCAAAACGGAAAACCGAAUGUGGAAGGGACGUCCCACGACGGAUCCCAAACGGCCGUAGUGAACGGAACUGCUACGGGGACGUACACAAACGGGAACGCCCAGGGGACUAUGUACAACGGUAACGGCCAGCCGGUGGUUACGGGCGGGACGUCAAGUAACGGAGAUGUGAACGUUACCAUAUACGGCAGCAACGGGCAGCCCAUGUUUCACUACGAGACUCCACCCAAGGGUUAACCAUUGCAUGUCUAGUGUACAUGCAAGUCUACGUAAUAAUAAAGUUAGUUUGUGCUUAAGUUCGUCGUCCACUAAGUUCAUGAAAUACUAUAAGCUAAGUGUGGAUUGGUGUGGAUUUUAGGGUCUGGCCUUUUUAAUUUCUUUUGAAUUGGCAAUAUUUGUGAAGAAAAAAUUACGUGAGUGAUGGAUGGAUGGAUUAUUAUUAUAUAUAAUAACACUUUAAAGUCUUUAAAUUUUGUGUUUGAAUUUCAUUAUUAACAAAUGUUGGAAGAACAGAACA